UUUUGCUAUAUUAGCCGGAGGUCGCGGAAGAGUUGAAUCAGUUUGAGCUGCGCAGCCGAACUUUGAGGAUCGCUGAGACGUCGUGCAAGAAAGUCGAUCAAAACCGAGAUAUUCGUGCUGUGCUCUGUGCUAAAAAUCUUCAAGAAACUAAAUCUUAAAGAAUUUCUAAUAAAAAAAAAUUAUAAAAAAGAGAUCAAAAAAAUCUCCCGAUAUCCUUGUGCUGUGCAGUGUUCUAAAAUUAAAAGUGCUUGAUCAAAAUGUCCAAUCAAAUGGAGUUUAUUAUGCAACUUUAUAUGAUGAACUUGCUGCAACAGCAACAGCAGCAGCAGCAACAACAACAGCAGCAGCAGUUGCAACUGCAACAGCAACAGCAGCUGACUGGAUACACUUACACACAGAACGAGGAUAUCUCGAGCAGCACUUGCAUGCAACAACUCCAACACGAACAGCAGCAACAGCAACAGCAAGAGCAACUGCAACAGCAAGAACAUCUCAAGACAAGAACGCACAAACGAAUUAGCUCGCAAAACACCAACUGUAGUAGUAGCCGUAGUUGUAGUCCCAAUAGUAAUUUGAUUGCUUUUCAAAAUCACACACCCGCCACACCUAACAACAACAACACACAGAACCUUGUCGGUCAAAUGUUGCUUAACAGCCUGCCGCCGCUGACACAGUUAAUGUUGCAGCAACAGCACCAGCAGCAGCAGCAACAGCAACAUUUGCUGGCAACAUCAAACCUUCUACUAACCCCCAACAAUACUCCCAACUCGAUGGGCAAGCAGGAGGCACAGUUGCAACAUCAGUUGCUCCUGGGCCAAUACGCCAGCUCCCUGCAAUCGGAACAGUAUUCCACAAAUAAUUUUCUGCAAUCCUCCACAGUGACAUCAACGCCAAUCGAGAAGACAGUGCAACAUGCCGCCGCCUCCGAAGCUGAAGCAUCACUUGGAGGAGUAGUGGCCUCCACCAUGGGGGCGCAUGUUGCCGACAAUCUUUCGGCGGUCACGGUUAAGUUUGAGCAGGAUGAUGACGAGGAGGACGAGGACGAUGACAAGCCGUUGUCUAGCCUCCACAGCUGCAGCUCCUCGGGCGUGGCAAGCAACAGCACCCACACCAAUGCCAGUUCCGAGAAGCUGCUGCUGCUGUCGGGCGUGCAACCGCUGGAGUCAACCACGGAUAGUAUUGACUCGCCCAGCAUGUACACGCCCGUGAAGCAGCCGGCGGACUCAUCGUACAGCGUCACGCCCGUCGAAAGCGAACCCACCCCCUAUACCACUCCCCUGCAACAGUCACAGACUCCAGCCUCCCUUCUCACCCCCCCGUCCAGCGAGCAGAGCAAGAGCCUGGUCAGUCUUUCGGCUGCCAGUAGCCUGGACGCUCUGCUUCAAAACGAGGAUAACCUGAAGAACCUGCGCAAAGUGUCCUCCUAUCUGGAGUGCGAGAACACCCUUUGCCGACAGGAGAAUCUGCGAGAGCACUUCCACUGCCACGAGGAGCCGUGCCAGGGCAAGAUCCUGAGCAAGAAAGACGACAUUAUUCGGCACCUGAAGUGGCAUAAGAAGCGCAAGGAGAGCCUUAAGCUGGGCUUCGCCCGAUUCUCCUCCGCGGACGACUGUGCUCCGGCCUACGGAGAGGGAUGUGCCUACAACUGGAAGCAGACCCACUACCAUUGCGUCUAUGAGCACUGCCCCAAGGUGUAUGUGAGCACCAGUGAUGUCCAGAUGCAUGCCAACUUCCAUCGAAAGGAUUCCGAGAUCGUGAACGAGGGAUUCCGGCGGUUCCGGGCGCACGAGAACUGUCGGAUCGAGGAUUGCCCCUUCUACGGCAAGAAGAUAUCCCAUUAUCAUUGCUGUCGGGAAGGAUGCAAUCACACAUUCAAAAACAAGGCCGAUAUGGACAAACACAAAACGUACCACCUGAAAGACCAUCAACUGAAGAUGGACGGUUUCAAGAAGAUCCUGAAGACCGAGGUGUGCCCUUUCGAUGCCUGCAAGUUCUCCUCGGUCUGCAACCAUAUUCACUGCGUCCGUGAAGGAUGCGACUACAUCCUGCACUCCAGCAGCCAAAUGAUCAGCCACAAGCGGAAGCACGAUCGCCAGGAUGGAGAGCAGGCCUACCAGCAUUUCAAAACCAGACAGCAGGAUACGGAGGAGAGCUCCUUGGAUGCCACACCACUACAGCAGCAGCCGAUCACCGUGAAUGGGGCAGCUCCAGCACAGAUUGGUAAUUCGGCAACUAACACCUCCACUCCACUCUCCUCCCUGUCCGCCGAGCACUUCCUGUCCAGGAAGCGAGGCAGGCCGCCCAAGAAAAUUCAACUCCCUGCUGAUGCCCAACAGCCGGAGGCCAAGCGCCUCAAGGUAGAGGAGGAUCAAUCCGCCAAGACCCCCGGCUCCGGACUCUAUCCCGGCCUGCUACCAACUGCCUCCGCUUCUGUAGUGGAUCCCAGUGCCCCAAAUUUCCAGCUCACCCACCUGAUGGCCCUCUUCCAGCUGCAAAACCCGCUCUUCUACCAGAAUCUCUAUCCCGGCAUGACUCAGAAUCCUUCGAUGCUGGGAAAUCUGGCGGCCCUGGGAGCCGCUUCAGCAGCUGCGGCAGCGGCAGCAGCGGCGGCCAAUGGAGUCCCGCAGCCCAAGCCGGAAUUUAGUUUUAAGCCAGAGUUUAAGGAGUAGAAAGGAUGCAUGUCCUUAGGAUAGUUUAAAGAAAAAAGACAAACGGACCAAGGACGACUUGUAAAUAAGAGCUUAAAGCAGGAUCUGUACAGUAGUAGGAAUAGGUUUUUGGAACAAGAUCGGGAGCAGGACAUGUCAUCCUUUCCUCCACAAAAGCCAACUCAUCCACACUUUGAAAGCUUUUAAGGUUAGUCCCUCAAAGUGUUGCUGAAUUGGCUUUUCUUCCAAUUUAAUUAAUAUUCUCUUCGAGUGCCACGUUAAUUUUUGAAAUUUGCAGCCAUUUUAAAUAAAAAAAGAUAAAGUCUUGAAUUUUAGUUUGACUAAUACUGUGAUGUUUUUUUAUUAGGCUUUGAACUUGCAACUGAUAGUAGAAUUUGUAGGACUUGCAGGACUUGGGAGAUUUCUGUUAAAAAUAGCCAGUAAGCACCAAAUGAUGUGUGAUAUACUAAUAAAAGAAUACAAAUUGUUUUUGCAUUUUAAACUAAGUAAGCUUUAAAUUAAAAACCUAGAAACUGAGUUACUUACCUGAAUAAAUUCUAAGACUUGUCAUGACUAAGCAUACGAAAUGAGUUUUAAUCAGCUUAUGGAUUUAGAUAAAGCUUUAUAUUGUAGUAGCUUUAUAUUAUAGUAGUUAAGAAUUAAAUAUACGACUAUGCUUUGAUUAAAUAAUUGUUGACUUUAUUACUGUUUUCAUUAAUUAAUGAUUUUAAUCAUAUUCUAACACAAAUCAGCUACACAAAUUCCGGACGCCCCAUGGAAGCAGUCCGACUAAGCAAUACAUAAGUACUUAACACAGAAGCAACUUUUCCUUUUUUUCUUCGCUUGUAAUAUCCAUAUAUCAUAAUAAUAUAUAUACAUAUAUGUAUAUCUGUAUAUAUGUAAACAAUCAAUACAAUCCAAGUACCAUAAUGACAAUGAAAUAGAUUUGUGAGCUUUCUGUAUCCUAUUCGAGAACAAUGUACAAGCAAAUGUCAUCGGAAUCGUUUUAUACAUUUGGUGUUUGAUUUUAGUUUACAUUGCAAAGUAAAACCCUGGGAGAAAUGUACAAAUAUAAUUAAAUUAAGUGUAAUGUUAAGAACUAAUCCACUAGAACUAAAGAAACACGAAAAUCAACAAGUAAGCUACCAAGUAAAUUCGUUACACAUUAACUCAAUAGUAAAAGGGGCUGACUAAAAACAAU